UGUUUGAUUCAGAUAGGAAAUAUUCUAAAAUGCUUUGCAGAAGAAUAGUGCAGAUGUGGAAAGAACGACACUCUUCUGCUCAUUGGUGAUGGAUUGUGUCCUGUUCUGCAAUAUAAUUUCCGUUUGAACUCCUGCAUUAAACAAAUAACAAUGUCUGUUCAUUAUAAGUUCAAGAGUAAUCUUGAUCACGAUACUGUGACGUUUGAUGGUUUGAAUAUAUCUGUGGCUGACUUGAAAAAAGCUAUAAUGCAACAGAAAAAAAUUGGGAAAAGUUCCGACUUUGAUCUACAAAUCACUAAUGCUCAAACAAAGGAAGUUUACGACAAUGAUGAAAUACUAGUUCCUAAAAAUACAUCUGUCAUUGUUGCCCGAAUUCCUGUUGCCACUGGAAACAAGAAAACCUGGGACAAACAAGAUCUCCCACUACCAAUAGAUGAUGACGAUCUAGGUCAAAUUCGCUAUGACAGAAUUGUCAAGAAUGCUGAUUUGGUAAAUGCCAAUACAACAGAAGAAGAUAAAGUGAAAGCUAUGAUUACCCAAUCUAGUCAGGAAUAUGAUCCAUCAAAAUAUGUGAAGAGCCGCAGUAUGACAGGACCUCUUCCCCCUACUUAUACGUGUUACCGUUGUGGCAAGCAGGGGCAUUGGAUAAAAGACUGCCCAACAAAUAAUCCGGACGUGAAACGUAGUACAGGAAUCCCUCGUAGUUUUAUGGUUCCUGUAGAUGGUCCUGAACAUAGAGGGGCUCUUCUAACAAGUACAGGAGAUUAUGCUGUUCCUCUUAUUGAUCAUCAAGCAUACAAAGAAGUAAAAAAAGAAAAGCCACCUUUUGUUCCUCAGGAUGAACCAGUUGUUCAGCAAGAGGCUCAAAUAAGAGAAGAAUUACUUUGCAUGGUGUGUAAAGAUUUGUUACAGGAUGCUGUUCUGAUUCCUUGCUGUGGAAAUAGCUUUUGUGAUGAAUGUGUACGACAAGUUUUGUUGGAAUCGGAUAAUCAUGAAUGCCCAGUUUGUCAUGAUACAGAUGUAUCUCCAAAUACAUUAAUCCCAAAUCGUUUCCUACGUACUGCAGUAUUAAAUUUCAAAAAUGAAACCGGAUACACUCGUGCAAGACAUGUCAUAUUAGUCAAGUCUCCCCCAUCUAUUUCUCAAUCUGUAGAAUCUCCACAGCCCUCUCCUGAUUCCACUGUGGAAUCGCAUCCGACUGAGAUUCAAUCCGCACAUAUUCAAAAUGAUGAUAAUGUUCAUGAAGAACAUGAUGGACCUGCAGAAAGUAAAGUCGAGGUUGAUAAUUCCGAAGAUGGUAAAAAGGAACCUGUAAAGGAGAAAAUUGUUGAAGAAAAAACUAGCAGUCCUAGAAAGUCUCCUAAAGAAAACGUAGAUGAAGAAUUGGAUAUGCAGCCAGGAACUCCUCUAGCUGAUGAGCCUCCUGAAGAUUUAGUUGAAGAGUCUUUACCCAUUCAAACGAUUGGUCGGGAGCCACAUAUUAGUGAAAGAUACGAUUACCAUUCAGGAUCAAGAUAUAGUCGAUCUCGGCAUAGUGAUAACCGCCAUUACAGAGAAGAAACUUCAUCUUAUGAAAAUCCUAUAAGCACAAUAGGGACGAUUACCAAUUAUCGUAAAAAUAAAUAUGGUGGUCCUUUCAAUCAUUUAGUGCCUGUGCGUCAACAAUAUCCCAAUCAAAGAAACAAUCGAGAUGAAAGAAAUGAAAAUUAUCCACGUGAAAGAGAAGAUUAUAGAACUCGCUAUGAUCGGAGGCAUCAUGCUGAGCAUGGAUCACAACGAAACUCUCACUACAAUCGAUAUGAAAGGUCCCCUCGAGAUACUAGAUAUAAUGUAGCGGACCAUGAAUAUCCAGUGAAUGAGCUGGAGCAUUCUGAGGAUCCGUAUAAUAGUCACUUACAUGUAGAAGAGCCCUCCCAUAGGAGACCAGAAAGAUAUCGCACUCCUCCAGCCAUUCCAGUGCAUAUACCUCCAAGUAUCCCUCCUGCAAUUUAUGCUAUACCUCCAAAUUUACCUGCACAUCAGCCUAUGGUUCCUGUACCUCAGGUGUUUGCACCACAACCCCCUCCUCCAGGUGCCUCUCCAAUUGAAACGUGUCAGAUAGCUGCUCAACCUCCUCCCCCAGGUGUUGGUCCUUUGUUGCCUCCUGUUGCAAGUGAUCCUGCUGUUACAUUCCCUAGUCAUAAUCAUACUUAUAAAAAAGAUGAUCCUCUCAAAGAUGUUAAGAAAGAAGAUGGAAGGAGUAUUGAUGAUAAAAUAGAAGCUUUUCAAAGAGAACUUGAGAAAAGGGAUCGAGAAUACUCGAGGGAUAGAGGUUCCCGCAGCAGAAGUAGGAGCACGAUUCAUGAAAGAUCUCGUUCUUCUUCAAGAUCACGUUCCUAUUCAUCUAAAUCGUGGUCUCGAUCUGCAUCUCGAAGUACAACUAGGACAUCACGGUCACGUUCUCGAACCCCAUUCUCGAGCCGAUCCCGCUCCCGUUCAUAUUCUCACUCAAGAUCUAGGUCUUGGUCUAAACCUCGAUCUUAUUCUAGAUCACGUUCCCGUACAAGAACAGAAUCUUCGCGAUCUCGUUCAAGAUCACGAGCUGAAUCUAGACUGCGCAGAAGGAAUACUUCUAGAGAUCGAAUACGGUCUCCUAGAGGAAGAACACGAUCACGUUCAUUCUCUCCUAAAGAUUAUAGAUCAGCAUCUCACAAAGGAAUAUCAUCGUAUGCAAAUAAGCAUGGAUAUGGACCACCACAGUAUGGGUCAUCAUAUCAAUCACAAUAUGGACCACCUCCCGUUUUGCCUCUUCCUGUUAUGCGACCUUCAGCAUUCCCUCCUCACCAUGUACAUCCAUUACACAUACCUGCACCAUCUGUUCAUACUAGGCCAGCUAAUCACUAUGGUAUGGAACGUGGACCUAAGUACCCAUUGCCAUAUAAUGAUUCUUAUCCAAUGUAUGAUAUGUAUCAACCAAAAUAUCCCCAAAGAUUUGAGAGAGAUCAGCGAGAGCAAAGAAUAAUAAGAUAUGAUAAAAGGCAAGACUAUGAAAGACAACAAAGACAAACAGAAGAAGAAAUUCCUCAUAGAAUUCCUGGUUGGGUUGGGGAUAGAUCAAGACAGUAUCGUCCUCGUUUUAGAGAAGAUAGAGAUCAGCAACGGAAAGAGAUCAAAGAGUUGCCAAAAAUAGCAGAAAGUGUUGUAAGAGUUGUUCAUGUCAAAGAAAGUACUGAAGAGUCUCAGGUAAAAAAGAAAGACGAAAAAGUUGUGAAGCAUAAAAAACAUCACCAUCAUCAUAAAAAUAAAGAAGUUAAAAAAGUAGAGAAAUCUGAAAACAAAAUACCUGUAGUUAUUGGAGCUGAAAAACCUACCGAACCUUCAAGGAACUUGAUAAAAGUUGAAGUUGUGUCAGAUAAAGUCAUUGAAAGCAAACCUUCAUCUGAUUCGUUAAAAGUGUCAAAAAAUCCAGAAAAAUCGAAAGAAAAGAAGCAUAAGCAUAAAAAACAUAAAGCUGGCAAUGAACAAAUUCCUAAAAAGAAAAAGUCAAAUAAAAAAGAAAAAUUAGAAGGCCUUACUAGCACAGAUUCUGAGAUGCCAGCCAAAGUUAAAGUCAAGAAGAAAAAAAUUAAGCUAAAGCCUGUUAUAGAAGUUAAAGAAGAUGGUGAUGCUGCUAAGGAAAUAGAAAGCAAAACAGAAUCAGACAAUGUUAAAUUAGAAACUGAAAUUGAAAAAGUUGAUGAUACAACUGUUAAGAAAGAAACCCAAGAGCAGUCAGCUGAUACCCUUAAUCUUUUUGCUGAAGAAAUAGAAAGCGAAGCUGGAAUUUUUGGUUCAGAUGCUGUACCUGAAGCUGACUCAACUGAAAAUGUUGAUAAUAAUCUAUCUGUCAAUAGUUCUGCAGCUGAGGUUGAAAAAACUGAAGAAGCUGUCAUUAGUGAGGAAGAGGUCGUAGAGAGUGUUGAAGAUGAAAAUGUUUUACAUGUUGAUGUACCUGCUUUGUCAAAAUGGGAAAGAGAAGAAAUCGAUGAUGACUUUGUUGCUAAGCCACAAAGAAGGAGUGCUGUUGUUGUUCCAAAGGAUGAUAAAGGCUCUAUUUCUUCUGAUAUUAUUCAUAGAGCUGAAUUAGCUUUGUUAUCAAAACCUUUCAAACCGAGAAUAGAGACCAAAGAGAAAAAUGAAUCAAGGGGGUCAAGCAUCACAUCAAGUCCUGAAGCAGGCAUUCCAAAGCAUAAAGAAGUCCCAGAGCUUAAAAGUGUCGUAAAUUCAGAAAAGUUAACUUCUCCAAACUUACAAGUCACUAUAUUAACUUCCAAAGAUAGGCGAUCUGUUCGUUCUAAAAAAGAAGAUAUUUUAAAAAGUGUUAGUGUUAAACACCAAUCUAGACAUUUAAAAUCUGACAGAUCAAAUGCAAGUAGUAGGCAGCAUGAUGAGCAACAUUUGCACCGGACAAUAACUUUGCAUGCUAGUAAGAUUGAAGAUAGGAGUAGGGAAUUCAGAGAUCAUAGUAGUGAUAGACGUGAAAGAAGAUAUAGCCCACUGAGAGAGCCAAUGUCGUUCAAAAGAACAUCUUCUCGUGAAGGAAGAGAAGUUAGUAGGAAAACCGAGUGGGACACCCGACGAGAUGAAAACUUAAACCCUAAGGAUGAUCGUAAGUACAGGAGUAUGGAAUAUGAUCGUCAUCCAAGAAGUGGCGAUUACAAUGCUCGCGAUGUGAGUAGAUCUGAUCGAAGAAAAGUAAUCACUGAUCAUGCUUCGCAGCCUAAAAGUAAGAGACCUAAUGAAAGAGAUGGAUAUCGAUCGUUUGAAAGAGUACAUAAGAUUGUCAGUUAUAGAAAAUCUCGAUCAAGAAGCUUAGAGUCAUCUGAAAGCCAUUCAUCAUACAAAAGAAAACCUAGUGAAAAGCAGCAUGUUGACAUACAUGAAAGUCGGUCCAGGGAAAAAGGUCAAAAUCUUCAAGGUAACGUACCUCAACGCAGAAAGCAUUCUCCUAUUAGAGCACCUGAUAAACAUGACUCUUUAUCGGAUCGUAUCAAGCCUCCGAAAAGAGAUUUUCAUGAUGAUUUAAAAUUUGAACCUGAUUACGAUGAAUAUAGUGAUGUGGACGAAAGAGGUUCUGAAGCAAAAGAAAGACGUAAAAGAAGAAGUACUUCUCCUGGAGUUGAGAAGAAACGUUCCAAAAUUGAAAAAUUAUCAAACAUUCCAGAGUCAGUUGUGAAAGAAAAGUCGAACAUUGUAAGUAGUGGUAGCUCUUCUGCUCAGAGUGAAAGUGAUUCUUCAGAGUCAGAUGAACAAAAAGGUUCUAAAAGUAAAAAUUCUGAUCCAGAACACAAACAAAAGCAUAAAAAGUCGAAGCACAGAAAGCAUAAGAAACACAAAAAGCAUAAAAAGAAAAAAAGUCACAAAUCUAAACAAAAAGAAUAGUGUGAUAUUGCAGAGCUUUGUUCUUAAGUUUAUGUUAUGGUGACCAACUUAAAUAUGUAUUUUACUUAAAGUGUCAAAAUGUUAUAUAAGUUUUUUUUUUUUUUAAAGUACAAAUUGUGUAUGAUGUGUUAAAGAGGAUAAGACCUUCUAAAUCUUGAAAUCUUUGUUCAGUUUUCGUUUUACAUUGUUUUAUUUUUCUGUGUGACAUGUGCCUGCAAACAUGUACAUAUUGUGUGGGGGGGGAUGUAAAGCAGCAACAAAUGUAUAAAUCAUUCAAAUUCCUGUUAGGACUAGACCUGUAAAAAAUAUUAGGAGGUACUAAAUUUCUUCUUCAUCUGUUAAAAAAUGUCUUGAAUGCAUUGUGCAAGAACUUUUUUUUCUGAAACAAAUUAUUAUUCAUCUCAUUUGUGAAUAAACCUCAUUAAUAUAUUUGUACAUAAAAUAGGUCAUUUGUAUAAUAAAUUGU